CAGCCUCGUCUUGCCGAAUUUUGCCAGGACACGACUUUCGACAUCAUCAAUAUCGGAUUCAUCAAUACCUUCCCAGAUCAGGAUCCACUGACCGGCUUGCCCGGCAGUAACUUUGGCAACCAAUGUUGGGCUGAUACCUAUAUCGUCGACGGUGUCCCGUCAAAGCUGUACUCGCAAUGUCCUAACUUGGUGGAGGACAUUCCCGCUUGUCAGGCAGCUGGCAAGAAGAUCUUUCUGUCCCUUGGUGGUGGAUAUCAGACUUAUGAGAUCGACACUAUUGAUUCCUCUACCAAGUUCGCCGACUGGCUCUGGGGAGCGUUUGGUCCAAAGACUGAUGCAUGGGAAUCCGCUGGCAGCCCUCGCCCUUUUGGCGAUGCUGUCGUGGAUGGGUUUGACUUCGACAUCGAGUACAACGUCUGCAUUCUAAUUUUUACAGGCUAUGCCAACAUGAUCAAGAGGCUCCGGAGACGCUUCGAGGAGGUACCUGAGCGUAGGUUCUACAUCUCCGCCGCCCCUCAGUGCCCAAUCCCCGACGAGCAGCUUGGUGUCGCCAUCGCCAAUUCAGUCAUCGAUUUUGUCUGGGUUCAGUUCUACAACUCAAACCCUUGUUCCGCCCGUGACUUCGUGGCUGGUUCAAAGAACGGCUUCAACUUUGAUGAGUGGGUUCAGGUUAUCAAGAAUGGUGCCAACCCCAAUGCGAAGCUCUACGUUGGUCUGCCUGCUAGUGCGCUUGCAGCAAACCUAGGGUACUAUUUGACCCCUGAAGAGGUUCAGCCCUUGGUCAAGAAGUACAUGAACAAGUAUCCCGAAACUUUUGGAGGUAUCAUGCUGUGGGAAGCCACGGAGUCAAUGAGAAAUCAAAUCGAUGGGGUUAGCUAUGGUGAGAAGAUGAAGGAAAUCUUGUAUGACCUUGAUCCCAAUCACCCUACACCAACCCCUUCGCCUACUCCUACCCCAACUCCUACGCCCACCUCGACCACGACAACGACGCCUACUACUUCCACUGUUUUGACCUCUUCGACUACGUCUAGCACUUCAACUUCUUCCACGACCAAUUCUACCCCGAUCCCUACUCCUUCUACAACCACACGUACCCCUACCCCCUCU